AUGUCUUACCCGUCUCCGUUCACUCGCAAUGUGUACAUUGCCAGCCUGCCAGAGGACUACUCCGAGAAGGAUCUACUGGAUCUCUUCUCUCCCUUUGGCCGCGUCAUCUCCUGUACAGUGAAGUACGACAAGGAAACUGGACGGUGCAAGGGGUACGGCUUCGUCUUAUUUGAAAAUGAACAGGAUGCGUUGAACGCCGUGAUCGCGCUCCAGGGUCACUCCAUCCAGAGCACACGCGUCCAGGUGCGUUUGGCUCGUCCGGAGGCUUCGGCAAAGAAGAUGUAUCCGGUGAUGAUGCAGCAGCAGCUGAUGAGUGCGUGCAUGCCGUACCAGCCGGUGUACGUCAUGUACGUGCCGUCGCCCAUGUACAGCCCGAUGUCGUUGGUGCAGGGUUGA